AAAGAUGGAGAAUAUAUUAACAUCACACAAAGCUGGUGGAAGAAAAGAAGCCCUGACAUGGCAAAUAUCUAUUUGUGAAUGCAAUUGGUUGACACGGAAAGGAAUCAGAUUCCUUAGAGCGAUUGAUGGUGCCGUACAACCUCUCUUGGAGUCGUCAAAAAGUUACACUUCACCCUUCCUAUAAUCAAACAUAUGCAACUUUCCUCAAAAACAAAGAUCAAUUUCACAUUUUCUUCAAACCAACUUCCUUUCUUCUUCAUGGGACUCACACCACUCAAGCCAGACAAUUUCAAGCCACUCAUCCUCAAAGCUGGUGUUCCCUUGGCUGCAUCUUUAGCUGGUUUUAUCUAUGCAUGGAUACUGGCAAAGAAAAACUUGUCUUCUAAGGUUUUUUCUUCACCAGAAAAUGGAUGUCAUUCUCCAAAAAUCACUUCUCACCAGAGAGCUAAACAUGAGAGUUUUGACAGCCUUUCUUAUGUGGAAGAUGGUGAAUCAUCUACUCCUAUGAAUAGGUUGGUGAUGAUCCAUGACAAAAAGUCAUGUUCGGAACACGAGAUCACUGGCCUGAGAAACCAGAUUGAAGGUCUUCAAAUGAGGGAAUUGGCCAUGCGUUUGCAGUUUGAGCUGUACUGUGAAAUGAAGGCACAAGAGUCUCUACUUGUUGAAGUCAGAAACAUGUUGUCGUUGGAGAAUGAUCGUGCUGAGUUCUUGAGCAAAGAGAUUUCUUCCAUAGAGACCGAGACAAUGAAGUUGGAGAGUUUUGUAGUCCAUUACAUGAGUGUUGUUGAACAGCUUCAGUAUUGGAGAUCACAGAAUAGGGUGCUUCAAAGGAGGGUUCAAAAGCUUCUCAGGGACUCCAAGGGAAAGUCUCGUUUGAUAAAGGUGCAGGCUUUGAUGAUCAAAGAGAAAGAAGAAGAACUUUUGAGAAACCAUGAGGAUUUUCAAACGAGGGUAUGCGUGAUUAACAAGUUAGAGGGUGAAAUCAGAGAGCUACGAAGGAUUUUGGAGCAGAUGGAGGAAGAGAAGAAGGAGGUCGUGAAGAAGCUUGAAAGAGCAGAAGCAGAAGCAGAUGCAUCUAAGUUGAACAAGGAAAAGAUACAUAGAAAACCAUUGAAAUAUUAUUUGGAGGUUGAAUCAGGAGAUGUGAGUAAGGAAGAGUACAAAAAGGUUCUGAAUGAAUUGGAGGAGAUGAAGAAGGAAAGAUCAACUGAAGUAGAAGAGCUGAUUCAUUUGAGGAGGGUGAAUACUUGUUUGAGGCAAGAGUUGAUGAGCCAGUACGAAGAACAUCACGAGCAACACAGAGAGCAUGAGGAGGGAGAGUUUGAAGGAGGCUUAGGAAUUAUGCAAUAUGAUUCAGAGCAUGAGUUGCAUUACUCCCUCUUGGAGCAUCACAAUGAUUCUGCUGAGAGUGAUCAUGCUUCUUCAAAAAGGAAAAAGUUUCUUAAGAGGCUGAAAAGGUGGGUUGAAGGAAGUGAAAAGGUAGUGAAGCCUGAAAUUAUCAAACAAUCUUCUGUUUCCUGUGGAUCAAAGAAACCUCAAGUUUCUUCAAAUUCAAGGUUCUGUUCCAGUGCUUGAUGACUCA